UGCAAAUCAAACUAAUCACUGAAUUAACGACAAUUUCCUUUAAACAUGAAAAACUAUCGGAGGAAAUCGACAAUCAAUGUUUGUGGGAGUUGAGAAAAUGGACUUAGUUCUUCAUGAUUUUUCUCGUCUUUUAGGUUCUACGAAUUAUUUCGUCUCCGUUUCAAUCGAGAGAGAACACGAUAAGAGAGUUAAUUCCAGCCUUUCGUAAAUGUGAUCAAAAGUUUCAUUCCUCUUUUAAUGAGGACUCGCUAUCAUUAAUAUUAUGAAAGCCAUAAUUUUUAUCCAUUUCGCAUAUUUUUUUUUCUUUUUUUGACACAAUUUUGCUAAGAUUUAAAAUAUUGUUCGUGCUAAGAGCUUUGAGAGCAAAGUCAUCUAAAUGAACUCGAUCCCAGACCUCUAUCAAACAAUUGCCAGACUCCAUCUAGGAAAGGCGCGUAAACAAUCAGUCUCUUUUACCCUUAGAGAGCAGAAGAUAACUCGAGAAGCUAUGGACAGCGCAACCGGCAGCAAUCUGACUCCCUCGUCAAAAGCACUCAGUGAAGAUGAUAAAGUUCUCGUCAGGGACACGUGGAGGGAAGCGACAAAGCCAGAAAGAGAGGCCGGACAAAAAUUGUUCAAAAGGAUAUUUCAAAUCGCUCCCGAAGCCCAGGACUAUUUCUCCAGCUCCGACUUAGAGAGCGACGAAUUCCAAGGUCAUAUCACGUCAGUUAUCAGUACCUUAGAUAAAGCUUUACAAAAUCUAGACGACCUAACCCCUUUACUACCUACUCUGGAGAGACUAGGAACAAUUCAUGCCAACAUGGGAAUAAAAAGACAGCAGCUUAACGUAGUGAAACAAGCAUUGCUGUUCACACUUUCCCAAGAAUUACGAGAGCUCUUCACUGAUGAAUGCCGCAAAGCCUGGGAGCUGACAUUCGACAUUUUGGCGGAUGCCAUGGCGACAGGAAUGGUUGCUAAUAGUAACGAUGACUAGUCAGAAUUUGCGAGAACUUUCUCGCAACUGAAGUCAACGAACUGUAAAAAGCGAAAAAGUCUGGAAACCACACUUAUUGAGGAAAGUUAGUGAGGUAACAUGUCAGGUUAAGGCAGCUCUGAAACUCAUUCUAGCAACGACCCAUUGAAAGCAAUACAUAAAAAUUUCUUUCAUGUAAAUAAAAGGUUUUUCAGUUAUAAACCA